AUGUCUCUUACUAUUCCAACAAACCUUUCAAAACCCAUUUCAACAUCUAAGUUUGGGUCUCAAUUUACCACAAAACCAAGAACUUCAGCCAUUGUUUGUUCUUCAAACCAAACCCCUGUUUCUAAUUCAACCGAGGAAAGUUCUUCUUCAUUAAAGGCAUUCUCUGCAGCACUUGCUUUGUCUUCUAUUCUGUUGUCAGCACCAGUUCUUCCAGCUUCUGCUGAUAUCUCUGGGCUUACACCUUGCAAGGAUUCAAAACAGUUUGCUAAAAGGGAGAAGCAACAGAUCAAGAAACUUGAGAGUUCUUUGAAACUUUAUGCACCUGAUAGCGCCCCUGCACUUGCUAUUAAUGCCACUAUUGAAAAAACUAAACGCAGGUUUGACAACUACGGGAAACAAGGACUGUUGUGUGGAUCAGAUGGACUACCACACUUGAUAGUGAGUGGAGACCAGAGGCACUGGGGUGAGUUCAUCACACCAGGGAUCCUCUUCUUGUACAUUGCUGGAUGGAUUGGAUGGGUAGGAAGGAGCUACUUGAUUGCAGUAAGAGAUGAUAAGAAACCAACAAUGAAGGAAAUCAUCAUCGAUGUUCCAUUGGCUAAUAGACUCGUUUGGAGAGGCUUCAUCUGGCCUGUUGCUGCUUACAGAGAGUACUUGAAUGGAGACCUCAUUGACCCUAACGUCUAAUUUUGAUUACCCAUGUUUAAAUUUCUCUUGUUGGAGACUCGUGGAAUUAUACUUUCACUUGUUUAUAUCCAUGAAAGAUUGUGAAUUUUC